AUGACAUGGGACGCAGACCUGCAUCCGCGAACGCUCGUGGCGUUUGUCGUGGACGUAUCCGAGCGGAUGUCCAUCAAAGAGAAUGGGCGCACGUAUCUUGAGCAAUGCCAGCAUUUCGUGUCCCUUCGCAUCCUGGAGAUCAUGCUCCGUGGUUUGUCUACCAUCAAAGUGUGCGUGUGCACGUAUGGUGACUAUCAUGACGAGGAAGACGGAUUUGCCGGUCUGCGUAUACUGUGUCGUACUGCAAGGCCAACGACAGACAUGCUGCGCGCCGUACAUGAUCUACGUCCGGCGACAUCGACGGCGGCGUAUGAACCAACCCUGGCACUCUCGUCCACGCUGGACAUGAUGGCGACCAAGGACCAUGGCGAACCGUCAUGGGCAAAAGUUGUGUACUUUGCUACGAGACCCGGACUUCCGGAGAAUCGUGCGGACGUCGAAGUAUUUCGCACUCAGCUCAUCGACACACGCGUCCAUCUUCGUGUGCUGGCCUACGGCCCGUCAUCCGACGUAUACUCGCUCAAGAAUGCUUUUUGGCAGCGUCUCAUCCAAGACGUGCCAGGCAGCACCAUUGUCUCGCCGGAGGAAGCCAUGUCUCAGGCGGAAGCUCCCACUCUGCAAAUACCCUCGUCCCAUCCCAUCAACACCACGCUCUCCUUUGGCGAUAUUCAUGCAUCCGAUAAGACAUCGCUCCACUUUCCUGUCCAGAUUAUCAAGGCCACAGCUCAGCAGCGCAUGCAUGCACCACGGCGCAUACUCAAGGAUGCAACAGAAGACCGCGAUAUUGAUACGAAGCGCGUCAUGUACCGCGCCGAUGAGGUGCUUCGGGCCGGGAACGACUUGAGUCAGAUUGCGCCAUUGCCCGACGAAUGCCAAGCCCACGUUCAACGCGCCUACAAACUAGGUGCUUCUAUCGUCCCGCAGGAAGAGACGCCACCCGCCAUCAGCACGACGGCUGGCUUGGAGAUUCUGCACUUUGUGAAUGCAAGCACGUACAGGCGCGAAUACCAUGUGGGUGAGACGUACAUGGUCUUGGCCCAUCCCAAGUCCAGACGCGCGCAACUCUCCCUAUCAAGCUUGGUCCAUGCAGCGAGCAUCCGCGGCGUGUAUGCAUUGUGUCGAUUUGUUGCACGCACGCAUUCCGAUCCCAAGCUCUGCCUGCUCGCGCCGAUGAUUGAGAAUGAGUAUGAUGCAUUUUACAUGGUGCAUGUGCCUUUCCGAGACGACGUGAAGCGCUCUGCCUUCCCGCCAUUGGAUCGCGUCACAACGAGUACGGGUGAAUCUUUGUACGAGCACCCGACGAUCCCCACGAAAGAGCAGCAGUCACGCAUGGAUACAUUUGUCGACCUGAUGGAUCUCAUGGACAUGGAUGAUCAUCCUGACGGAUGGUAUGCACCGUCCCUCUGCUACCAUCCCGCUAUUCAUGCUCUAAAACACGCGAUCAAAUGGCGCUUCAUGUUUCCCAACCAGCCUCUGCCUCCCUUGCAUCCCAAACUGCAAGAAUUUCUGCACAUACCAUCGUCAGUCGAAGAUCGCGCUCGAGACACUCGGACUGCUUGUGCGGCUGCCUUUCAAGUGCAUGCUCCGCAGAAGCAUCCAGCCACAGAAGCAGCCAGUGAAACACCUGCGAAGCAAGUGAAAGAAGACAACAGCGAGACAGAGACCGACACGGAAACCGAGCCGGACACGACCAUGAAUACCAACGCCGAACCCAUCCCCCUGGAUCAAAUACUACCCACCUUUGAAGCACGUAUCAAGACAUCUGCCGUAUCAGAGACUUGUCAAGACAUGUCGCGUACACUACUGACGCUCGUGUCGCGACGGGUGGAAACGAACCAUAUUAUGGAGGCCAUGCAUGUUUUUCGUCGCUCCGCUGCGGAAUUGGACGAAUCGCUCACUUACAACACCUUUCUACGCACACUUCACUCACGUGCGCGUACACAACAUCCUGUCUUGUGGAAAGCUUUGAGGCACCGUAUGGACCUCGGCCUUAUCACGCAUGACGAGGAUGCCAGUCGACGCUCUACGGAAACAGAUGCCACGGCUCGCGCUUUUGUGGCUUAA